CUCAUCGCGGGCGCGUUCGUGGUGGGGAUCGGGGCGGGGGUGGUGUUCGACACGGCGGUGGACUUGGAGCCGUCGAACGUGGCGUCGAGGGAGAUUUUGGAUAGGCGGACGCCGAGCUCGGAGCUGUGCAUGGCGAACGGGGCGUCGGCGAUGGUGUUUGAUCAACGCGUGUUCUUGUCGUUGAACCCGUUUAACGUGUACGUGGCGCAGCCGGAGGUGAAACCGGGGUGCGUGGUUCGCCGGUCGAAUUGGGGCGUGUUGGAGCGAAACAACGUAGUGGAUAAAAAGGCUGAAGACGUGUGCAAGCAGCAUUUGAACACGUUCGCGUUCGUGGGUGAUCUAGACAAGUCCCCGGAGGUGUCGUGCGUGUAUCACAGCGAGGACGCCGAGAAUCAAUUCAUGAAGGAU